GAUUUUAUCACCUUUACCCUCUCCUUGGUCACUGAGAUCACCCCACAAGUCUUGCUGCCGCUUCAGUUUCUCACAGAUUAGCUUUAGAUGGAGGAACGAAAAUGGGAGGAGUUAAACAUGGAUAUUUUGGUGAAUGUAUUUGGAAGAGUGGGAAUGGAGUCGUUGUUGUUGGAUGUUCCCUUUGUAUGCAAGCCUUGGUAUAAAGCGAGCCGCGAACCUCAGUGCUGGGGGCAUCUUAUUUUUCCUGAAUACAUCAAACCUGACGAUAUAUGGGAAGAAGACAGCCCCGACAGGGGCUUUGCAGAGAGGUUAGUGACUACAUAUCAAGAAAACUUGUCUGUCACUGCAUUCAUGAAGUUCAUAGUUAACCGUAGCUGUGGAUGUGCCACAAUCAUCAAAGUCCCCAAACACUGCACCGAGGAGGCACUGGAGUAUAUUGCAAACGAGUGUCCCAGAUUAAAGGUUUUGGAUGUGGGUUUGUAUAAUUUUUCUAUGGAAGAUAUUAUUCCAAAAUUUGUAAGCAAGUGGAAAAGCUUGGAAAUGAUGAGACUAGGGAAAUUUCACAUGAAGUCUGUCCUACCACAGAUCGGUCUUCACUGCAACAACUUCAUUUGGCUAUCAGCUCCAUAUACCUACAUUCAGAAAGAUGAAGCAUUGGUCAUGGUUGCUUCACUGCCAAAACUUAAGUGCUUGGAUCUACAUGGAGCGACCUUUGAGAAGGAAGCUCUAGUGAUGAUAUUGCAGGGCUGCAAACAGCUUGUGCAUUUAGACAUCAGGGACUGCUGGGGUUUUCGUGGUGAUGAUGCCGAGAUAUUGGAGCUUGCUUCACAUAUUCCUUCAUUCAUGUGUGAAGGGUCGAACAUAGGACUUGGGGCACUAUCCCCUCCUGUGUAUAACCUCGAGGCUGAUCACGAGCUAUUCUGCGAUAAAAUUCAUCACGACGACUGUGUUUAUGAUUUUGAUUUUGAUUUUGAUUUUGAUGAUUUAUUAAUUUGAGGUUUGUGAAUUCAGUUGAGGUUCAAGUGGGCUUGUUAAUAAGCUAGAGCGCUGUGAAAAUAUCUCGCAUGCCUCUUUAUGUAAUGUAAUACGAAUUAUUAGGGACUCCGAAGGGUUAAUGCUGUUCUAGCUAGGCUGCAAAA